AUGGCGGCGGCUGCGUGGGCUCCAGGCUGGGCAUCGAGGCCAGUUCUGCUGCUGCUGCUGCUGCUGCUGUUGCCGCCGCCGCCCCCCCUGCUGCGGGCGGUGAGCGCCUCUCGGGAACCCCGGGCCGCGGCCCGGCUCAGCCUGCACCCGCCCUACUUCAAUCUGGCGGAGGCGGCGAGGAUUUGGGCCACGGCCACCUGCGGGGAGCGAGAGCCUGGCGGCGCGCGGCCGCGGCCGGAGCUCUACUGCAAGUUGGUGGGGGGACCCACCGCUCCGGGCAGCGGCCACACCAUCCAGGGCCAGUUCUGUGACUAUUGCAAUUCUGAGGACCCCAGGAAAGCACAUCCAGUCACCAAUGCGAUUGAUGGAUCUGAGCGUUGGUGGCAAAGCCCUCCUCUCUCCUCAGGCACACAGUACAACAAAGUCAAUGUCACCUUGGAUCUAGGGCAGCUUUUCCAUGUGGCCUAUAUUAUAAUUAAAUUCGCAAAUUCUCCUCGCCCUGAUCUUUGGGUCCUGGAAAGAUCAGUAGACUUUGGCAGCACCUACUCACCUUGGCAAUACUUUGCCCACUCUAAAGUAGAUUGUUUGGAACAAUUUGGGCAGAAGGCAAAUAUGGCUAUCAGCCAAGAUGACGAUGUACUUUGUACUACUGAAUAUUCCCGGAUUGUACCUUUGGAAAAUGGUGAGAUUGUGGUGUCCUUGAUAAAUGGUCGACCAGGUGCAAAAAAUUUUACUUUCUCUCACACCCUGAGAGAGUUCACCAAAGCUACAAACAUCCGCCUGUGUUUUCUCCGAACUAACACCCUUCUUGGACACCUCAUUUCCAAAGCACAGAGAGAUCCAACUGUCACUCGGCGGUAUUAUUACAGCAUAAAGGACAUCAGCAUUGGUGGGCGGUGUGUUUGCAACGGCCAUGCAGAAGAGUGCAAUGCAAACAAUCCUGAAAAAUUGUUUCGGUGUGAAUGCCUGCACCACACCUGUGGGAAGACGUGUGAUCGCUGUUGUGCCGGAUACAAUCAGAGGCGCUGGCGGCCCGCCACGUGGGAGCGGAGCAAUGAGUGUGAAGCAUGCAACUGCCACGGUCAUGCCAUCGACUGUUACUACGAUCCUGAUGUCGAGAGGCAGCAGGCAAGCUUGAAUAUCCAAGGUGUCUAUGCAGGUGGAGGGGUCUGCAUUAAUUGUCAGCAUAACACAGCCGGUGUGAACUGUGAAAUCUGUGCUAAGGGUUAUUACCGCCCUUACGGUGUUCCAGUCAAUGCUCCACAUGGCUGCAUCCCUUGCAGCUGUAACCCCGAACACGCUGAUGACUGUGAGCCGGGCUCAGGCCACUGCAAGUGCAAGCCAAAUUUCCGCGGAGAGCACUGUGAGGAGUGUGCGGUUGGGUACUACAAUUUCCCGUCUUGCUUGAGAAUUCCCAUUUUCCCUCUUUCUACUCCAAGUCCAGAAAAUUCAGUAGCUGGAGAUAUAAAAGGGUGUGACUGUGACCUGGAAGGAGUUCUCCCUGAAAUAUGUGAUGCCUACGGAAGGUGCCUCUGCCGGCCUGGGGUCGAGGGCCCUCGGUGUGAUGCCUGCCGCCUGGGUUUCUACUCCUUCCCUAUUUGCCAAGCCUGCCAGUGUUCAGUCCUUGGCUCCUACCAAACACCUUGCAGCCCAGUGACGGGGCAGUGUGAAUGCCAGCCGGGGUUUACUGGACAGCAGUGUGACAGGUGUCUCUCAGGAGCCUCUGAUUUCCCCCACUGCCAAGGCUCCAGCAGUGCCUGUGACCCAGCUGGUACCCUGGACUCUAGUUUGGGAUACUGUCAGUGCAAGCUUCAUGUGGGAAGUCCUUCAUGCAACAUCUGCAAACCGUUAUAUUGGAAUCUGGCCAAAGAAAACCCCAGCGGAUGUUCAGAAUGCCAGUGCCACGUGGCGGGAACAGUGAGCGGAAUCGGAGAGUGUGGGCAGCAAGAUGGUGACUGUCACUGCAAGUCUCAUGUCAGUGGCGAUUCCUGUGACACGUGUGAAGAUGGAUAUUAUGCUUUGGAAAUGAGCAAUUACUUUGGGUGUCAAGGAUGUCAAUGUGACAUUGGCGGAGCAAUCACCCCCAUGUGCAGUGGGCCCUCCGGAGGAUGCCAUUGCCGAGAGCAUGUCGUGGGGAAGGCGUGCCAGCGACCCGAAAACAACUACUAUUUCCCGGAUUUGCAUCACAUGAAGUAUGAGAUUGAAGACGGCACUAUACCUAACGGAAGAGAACUUCGGUUUGGAUUUGAUCCCCUGGAGUUUCCUGAGUUUAGCUGGAGAGGGUAUGCUCAGAUGACCUCAGUACAGAAUGAAGUGAGGAUCAUGUUGAAUGUGGGGGAGUCAAGUGCCACCUUGUUUCGUGUUAUUCUGAAAUAUAUCAACCCUGGAGCUGAAGCCGUCUCUGGCCACGUGACUAUUUAUCCAUCCUGGGCUGAGGCAGGUGCUGCUCAAAGCAAAGAAGUCCUCUUCCUGCCGAGUAAGGAGCCAGCCUUUGUCACCGUCCCCAGAAAUGGUUUGGCAGACCCGUUUUCAAUUGCACCAGGGACGUGGAUUGCUUGUAUUCAAGCAGAGGGGGUCCUCCUGGACUACCUGGUACUGCUUCCCAGAGACUACUAUGAGGCACCCUCACUGCAACUGCCAGUCACACAGCCGUGUGCCGACUCGGGACCUCCCCAGGACAAUUGCUUGCUUUAUCAGCAUUUACCAGUGACCCGAUUCCCCUGUGCCCUGGCUUGUGAGGCUGGACACUUCCUGCUGGAUGGAGAGCCAAGACCCUUGGCAGUGAGGCAGCCCACCCCCGCACACCCGGUCAUGGCGGACCUCAGUGGGAGAGAGGUGGAGGUGCACCUGCGGCUGCGGGUUCCCCAGGUCGGCCACUAUGUGGUCGUGGUGGAGUAUUCCACGGGAGCAGACCAGCUGUCUGUGGUUGAUGUGCACAUGCAGAGCUCUGGGUCUGUCCUGGGAGGCCAGGUGAACAUCUACAGCUGCAAGUACAGCGUCCUCUGCCGGAGUGUCGUGACUGACGGCAGGAGUCGCAUGGCCGUGUAUGAGUUGUUAGCAGAUGCAGACAUUCAGCUCAAAGCACGUGGGGCCCGAUUCCUUCUGCAUCAAAUUUGUAUCAUACCCAUUGAAGAAUUCUCAACUGAAUAUUUGAAACCUCAAGUCAAGUGCAUUGCCAGUUAUGGGCAGUAUGUUAAUCAAAGUGCCUCUUGUGUCUCCCUGGUUCUCAAAACCCCUCCAACAGCAUUAAUUUUGGAUGUCCCAAGUGGUGAGUCUUCCCUUCUCCUGCCCCAAGAUCCUUCACCUUCUGCUGAUGUUACUGGAGUCACCUUGAAGGCGCCACAGAACCAAGUGACCCUGAGAAGACUUGUCCCACACCUGGGCAGAUAUGUCAUUGUCAUCCAUUUUUAUCAGCCAGCGCACCCAACAUUUCCCACACAGGUGUUUGUGGAUGGAGGGCGGCCGCGGGCAGGUGUCAUCCGCGCCUCUUUUUGCCCCCACACACUUGGCUGCAGGGACCAAGUGAUUGCUGACAGUCAGGUUGAAUUUGACAUCUCUGAGCCAGAGGUGGCUGUGACUGUGGAGGCUCCAGAAGGGAAGUCCUUAGUAUUGGUCCGUGUUCUGGUGGUGCCUGCAGAGAAUUACGACUACCAAGUGCUUCACAAAAAAUCAGUGGACAAGUCAUUUGAGUUUAUUGCCAAUUGUGGAGGAAACAGUUUUUAUAUUGACCCCCAGACGGCCUCUGGAUUCUGUAAGAACUCUGCCAGAUCCCUGGUGGCCCUUUACCACAAGGGCGCGCUGCCUUGUGAGUGCCACCCCACUGGGGCCAUUGGCCGUCACUGCAGCCCAGAGGGUGGGCAGUGCCAGUGCCGACCCAGUGUCAUUGGGAGACAGUGUACCCGCUGCCGAGUGGGCUACUAUGGAUUCCCAAACUGCAAGCCAUGCAACUGUGGCCCACGCCUUUGUGAGGAGACAACAGGGAGGUGCCUCUGCCCUCCCCACACGGUCAGGCCCCAGUGUGAGGUGUGCGAGCCGCAUUCCUUCAGCUUCCACCCCCUGGCCGGCUGCGAAGGCUGCAACUGUUCCAGGAGGGGUGCCAUUGGGGCUGCCACCCCGGAAUGCGACAGGGACCACGGGCAGUGCAGGUGCAAGCCCAGAGUCAUGGGGCGGCAGUGUGACCAGUGUGCUUCUGGGUUUUACCACUUCCCUGAGUGCAUCCCGUGCCAUUGCAACAGGGAUGGGACAGAGCCAGGGGUCUGCGACCCAGGGACCGGAGCUUGCCUGUGCAAGGAGAACGUGGAGGGUAUGGAAUGUAAUAUGUGUCGAGAAGGAUCAUUCUACUUGGACCCGGCAAAUCCCAAGGGUUGUACCCGCUGCUUUUGUUUUGGAAUAAAUAACCGUUGUCACAGUACACAUAAAAGAAGAGCUAAGUUUGUGGACAUGAUGGGCUGGAGCCUGGAGACAGCAGACAGAGCAGACAUCCCCGUCUCAUUCAACCCAGGCAGCAGCAGUGUGGUCGCAGACCUCCAGGAGCUGCCCUCCACCGUGCACAGCGCGUCCUGGGUCGCACCCCUUUCCUACCUGGGAGACAAGGUUUCUUCCUAUGGUGGCUAUCUCACCUACCAAAUCAAGUCCUUUGGCCUACCUGGUGAAAUGGUUCUUCUGGAAAAGAAGCCUGAUGUGCAGCUCACUGGUCGGCACAUGUCCAUCAUCUACGAGGAGCCAAAUAACCCGCGACCAGACCGUCUGUAUCAUGUGCGUGUGCAGAUGGUGGAGGGAAACUUCAGACACGCCAGCAGCGGUGCCCCCGUGUCCCGGGAAGAGCUGAUGAUGGUACUGUCUAGACUAGAAGGUGUGCGCCUCCGAGGCCUCUACUUCGCCGAGACGCAGCGGCUCUCCUUGAGCGGGGUGGGACUGGAGGAGGCCUCCGCCACAGGAAGCGGGCGUAGAGCACACGAUGUGGAGAUGUGUGCCUGCCCCCCUGGCUACACUGGUGACUCAUGUCAGGGUUGUAGCCCCGGAUACUAUCGGGAUAGCAAAGGCGCAUAUACCGGACGAUGUGUUCCCUGCAAUUGUAAUGGACACUCAAAUCGAUGCCAGGAUGGCUCAGGAAUAUGUAUUAACUGCCAGCAUAACACUGCCGGGGAACACUGUGAACGCUGCAGAGAGGGUCACUAUGGGAAUGCCAUCCACGGACACUGUAGCGUCUGCCCGUGUCCUCAUUCCAACAGUUUUGCCACGGGCUGUGUCGUGACUGGGGAAAACGUGAGGUGCUCCUGCAAACCUGGGUACACAGGCACACAGUGCGAAAGGUGUGCACCCGGAUAUUUUGGGAAUCCCCAGAAGCUUGGAGGUAGCUGCCAGCCAUGCAACUGUAACAAUAAUGGCCAGUUGGGCACCUGUCACCCCUUGACUGGAGACUGCAUAGACCAAGAGCCCCAAGAUGGUGGCCCUGGAGAAGAAUGUGAUGAUUGUGACAGCUGUGUGAUGACGCUCUUGAAUGACCUGGCCACCAUGGGCGACGAGCUCCGCCUGGUCAAGUCUCAGCUGCAGGGCCUGACUGCCAGCACUGGCACUCUGGAGCAGAUGAAGCACUUGGAGACCCAGACCAAGGACCUGAGGAAUCAGUUACUCAACUACCUUUCUGCCAUUUCAAAUCACGGAUUAAAAAUGGAUGGUCUGGAAAAAGAACUGAGCAAUUUGAAUCGAGAGUUUGAAGCUUUGCAAGAAAAGGUUGAAGUAAAUUCCAGAAAAGCACAAACGUUACAAAGCAAUGUUGAUCAGACAACCCAGAGCGCAAAGGAGCUGGACACAAAGGUUAAAAAUGUCAUCCGGAAUGUGCACAUUUUCCUGAAGCAGAUCUCUGGGACAGAUGGGGAAGGAAACAAUGUGCCGUCGGGGGAUUUUUCCAGAGAGUUCGCUGAAGCACAGCGCAUGAUGACAGAGCUCCAGAGCCGCAACUUUGGAAAGCACCUGAGAGAAGCAGAAGCAGACAAAAGAGAGGCUCAGCUCUUGCUGAAUCGGAUACGGAGCUGGCUUGAAAACCACCAAGUGGAGAACAGCGCACUUGUCAAGAACAUACGGGAUGCUUUAAAUGAGUACGAAACCAAACUCGGUGAUCUGCGUGCCACACUACAAGAGGCAACUGCCCAAGCAAAGCAGGCCACUGGCCUCAACCGAGAAAACGAGAAGACUUUGGAAUCCAUCAAGAGACAAGUUAAAGAAAUGAAUUCCCUCCAGAGUGAUUUCACCAAGUUCCUAACCACCGCAGACUCAUCCUUACUGCAGACAAACACCCAGCUGCAGCUGAUGCGGAAAAGCCAGGAGGAAUAUGAAAAACUAGCUGCCACUUUAAAUGAAAAAAGACGUGAACUAAGUGACAAAGUGAGAGAACUUUCCCAGUCAGCCAGCAAAACCUCUCUGGUGGUGGAGGCAGAAACACACGCGCAGUCUUUACAGAAGCUGGCAAAGCAGCUGGAGGAGAUCAAGAGGAAUGCCAGUGGGGAUGAGCUGGUGCGCUGUGCCGUAGAUGCUGCCACCGCCUACGAGAACAUCCUCAAUGCCAUCAGAGCGGCUGAGGAUGCGGCCGACAAGGCCACCAGUGCAUCUGAGUCUGCCCUCCAGACGGUGAUAAAGGAAGGUCUUCCAAGAAAAGCGAAAAUCCUGAGUUCUGACAGUGAUAAACUAUUAAAGGAAGCCAAGCUCACACAGAAGAAGCUACGGCAAGAAAUCAGUCCGGCUCUCAACAACCUACAGCAAACUCUGAAAGUUAUAACAGUUCAGAAAGGAUUGAUCAAUACCAAUAUCACUGCCAUCUGGGAUGACCUCCGUGGAAUACAGAGAGAUGACAUCAAUGAUAUGAUCAGCAAUGCAAAGAGCAUGGUCAGAAAUGCCAACGACAUCACAGAUGAGGUUCUAGAUGAGCUCAGCCCCAUUGAAAUAGAUGUGGCAAGAAUUAAGGACACCUAUGGGAGCACACAGAGUGAAGACUUCAACAAGGCUCUCACUGACGCAGAUAACUCAGUGAAGAAAUUAACCAACAAACUGCCUGACCUUUUGAGCAAGAUUGAAAGUAUCAACCAACAGCUGUUGCCACUGGGCAACAUCUCUGACAAUGUGGACCGUAUCCGGGAGCUAAUUCAGCAGGCCAGAGAUGCUGCAAAUAAGGUUGCCGUCCCCAUGAGGUUCAAUGGUAAAUCUGGAGUUGAAGUCCGGCUGCCAAAUGACCUAGAUGACUUGAAAGGAUAUACAUCUCUUUCUUUGUUUCUCCAAAGACCUGAAUCAAGAGAGACUGGGGGUACUGAGAAUAUGUUCGUGAUGUACCUCGGGAAUAAAGAUGCCUCCAGGGACUACAUCGGCAUGGCGGUUGUAGACGGCAGGCUUACGUGUGUCUACAACCUGGGAGAGCAGGAGUCUGAACUCCAAGUGGACCAGAGCUUGACUGAGAGCGAAACUCAGGAGGCAGUUAUGGACCGGGUGAAAUUUCAGAGAAUUUAUCAGUUUGCAAGGCUCAGUUACACCAAAAAAGCCACAUCCAGUAAACCCGGAAUAUCCCAAUUCCAUGAAAUGGAUAGUGGAAAUAGCAACACCCUCCUCAAUCUGGAUCCUGAAGAUGUUGUAUUUUAUGUUGGAGGUUACCCAUCUGACUUUAGACUUCCUGCUAGACUGAGGUUCCCUCCAUACAAAGGUUGUAUUGAACUGGAUGACCUCAAUGAAAAUGUUCUGAGCUUGUACAACUUCAAAAAAACCUUCAAUCUCAACACAACUGAAGUAGAGCCUUGUAGAAGGAGAAAGGAGGAAUCAGACAAAAAUUAUUUUGAAGGUACAGGCUAUGCUCGAAUUCCAACUCAACCAAAUGCUCCCUUCCCAACCUUUUCACAAACGAUUCAAACCACCGUGGAUAGAGGUUUGCUGUUCUUUGCAGAAAACCAGGAUCACUUCAUAUCUCUAAAUAUAGAAGAUGGCAAACUCCUGGUGCGGUACAAACUGAAUUCAGAGCCACCAAAAGAACAAGGAGGUACCCACACUGUCAACGACGGAAAAGACCACUCGAUACAGAUAAAAAUCAGGAAGGCCCAAAAACUCAUGUGGAUAAAUGGGAAUCCUCCAAAUAUUAUAAUUGAAGGUGAAAUAUUCGAUUUCAGCACGUAUUAUCUGGGAGGAAUUCCAAUUUCGAUCAGGGAAAGGUUUAACAUUUCUACACCUGCUUUCCGAGGCUGCAUGAAAAACCUGAAGAAAACUACUGGUGUUGUUAGGUUGAAUGACACUGUGGGAGUAACAAAAAAAUGCUCAGAAGACUGGAAGCUCGUGCGAUCUGCCUCAUUCUCCAGGGAUGGACAAUUGAGUUUCACGAAUUUGGACUCCCCUUUCCUCAAGUCUUUCCAGGUGUCCUUUGGAUUUCAGACCUUUCAACCCAGUGGCCUAUUAUUAAGUCACCAGACACGGAAAAGUAACCUGCAGGUCACCCUGGAAGAUGGUCACAUUGAACUUAACACCAGAGACAGAAACAGCCCCAUUUUUAAAUCUCCCCAGACAUACACGGAUGGUUUGCUGCAUUAUGUAUCUGUAAUAAAUGACAACUCUGGACUCUGGCUUCUCAUUGAUGACCAGCCUCUGAAAAAUAACCAAAAGCUACAUGACCUGACAGAUUCCCAGCAAACCCUGCGUCUGGGCGGGAGUCACUUUGAGGGUUGUAUCAGCAACGUCUUUAUCAAGAGGUUGUCAGAGAGUUCUACAGUCCUGGACUUGGCCAGCAAAUCUACCAAGAGAGAUGUGUCCCUGGGAGGCUGCAGUUUAAACAAACCACCUUUUCUCAUGUUGUAUAGAGGUUCUGCAAAGUUUAACAAAGCCCACGCUUUCAAUAUCAACCAGCCAUUGCGGGAUACACCGGUGGCCUCCCCAAGGAGCAUGGACAUGUGGCGAGAUGCCCAGUCUUGCCUGCCACCUCCCCAGGCCCAGGCCAGUCAUGGAGCCCUCAGGUUUGGGGACAGUCCGACCAGCCACUUGCUCUUCACGAUUCCCCAGGAGUUGCUGAAACCCAGGUCACUGUUCGCGGUGGACGUGCAGACGGCAUCCUCCAGAGGGCUCAUGUUUUACACGGGCACCAAGAACUCCUAUAUGGCUCUUUAUCUUUCAAAGGGACGACUCAUCUUUGCUUUGGGGGCAGAAGGGGAAAAGCUGAGGCUCAAAAGCAAAGAGAAGUGCAAUGAUGGGAAAUGGCACACGGUGGUGUUUGGGCAAGAUGGAGAAAAGGGGCACUUGGUUGUGGAUGGUCUGAGGGCCCGGGAAGGAAGUUUGCCUGGAAAUUCCACCUUUAGCCUCAGAGCACCAGUUUACCUGGGAUCACCUCCCACAUGGAAACCAAAGAGCCUCCCCCAAAACAGCUUUGUGGGCUGCCUGAGGAACUUUCAGUUGAAUCUUAAACCCCUGGACACCAUUUCUGCAAGUGUCGCUGUGUCCCCGUGCUUGGGUGGCUCUUUGGAGAAAGGCAUUUAUUUCUCUCAAGAAGGAGGUCAUAUCAUCCUAGCUAAUUCUGUGCUGUUGGGGCCAGAAUUUAAGCUAGUCUUCAGCAUUCGCCCAAGAAGCCUCACUGGCAUUCUAAUGCACAUUGGAAGUCAGCCUGGGAAGCACCUGUGUGUUUAUAUGGAGGCAGGAAAGGUCACAGCCUCUGUGGACAGUGAAGCAGGGGGGAUCUUGACAUCGGUCACACCAAAGCAGUCUCUGUGCGAUGGGCGGUGGCACUCAGUGACAGUCACCAUAAAACAAUACAUCUUGCACCUGGAACUGGACACAGAAAACAGCUACACAGCUGGACGGCUCCCCUUCCCACCAUCCAGCACUCAGGAGCCACUAUACAUUGGAGGCAUUCCAGCCAAUUUGAAGACCCUGACACUCCCUGUGUGGAAAUCAUUUUUUGGCUGUCUGAAGAAUAUUCAAGUCAACCACAUUCCUAUCCCUGUCACUGAAGCCGUGGCCGUCCAGGGAACUGUCAGUCUGAAUGGCUGUCCUGACCACUAGUGCAAGCCUAGCACACAGCAAGGGAAGUCACCUUCAAAAGCACAGUUACCCAACAUACCUCCCUGUCUCUGCUCGAGAUCAUUCUUGACUUAAGACACCAUCCAGAUGAGAUUAAUAGCAUGUCGAAUUUUGUACUCUGACCAUACACACCCAUCAUUUUGGCACUUAGUGUUACUCAGUGUUUCUCAGACAGUGUAUUUAUAAAAAUCCCACGUCUUAAAGGUGAUGAACACUUGUUACAUGCUUUUGGUAAUGCCAUUUUCCACUAAAAAUUAAAUGUCUUUUAAAGGACAUUAUUUUCCACCUGUUAAAAAAAUAAAUAUCUUUUAAAGCACUUUAAAAACACAAAAAUUUACAUGUGUUAUGGGGUUAUAACUUAAUGGGGAUAAAUAAAUGCCGUGUACUCUUUAAAUUAGGAUGUUUUAUUAGCAUUAAACCAAUGGCUUGCUGGCCAUUGUUAAUCAUACUAUUUCUUCAGCACCUGUUCAGUGUGCUACCCACAACACAGUUUUCUACAGAUAAUUAUGAAGCCCAGACUGGUGUGGUGCUGUGGGUGCUCAAUGUUGGAUAUACAAUCAGGCAGAAGAAACAAUUCCUGCCCUGAAGGAAAAUGCAGUCCAACUGGGGAGACACACAAUAUUCAUAAAAUAGUAAAUUACUAACAAACCGAUUAAUGAACCUAUAUUUCCCCUUGGCUUCCCACAUACAGUCUGCUACCAACCAGGUCUAGAUUUUGAUUAUCAACUCCUUGAGGGCAGAAACUCUCUUUGCAUCGCAAGCUAACAGAAGUCAAUAGGAAGGAGGGAUUGCUUCCUAUUUAAUCUACAAAACAAUGAGACAUGUACUAGACCAAUAUUAUUACCCAGCACCACUCUUCCUAACGGAGAAGGCUAUGUAAACAUUUCUGUGUCUUCUACAUAGUAUCUGUCCCCCCGAAGAAAAAGAAUAAAUCUAAACGUUGGAUAUGGUAA